AUGUUUGAGAGCAGAGCUAACUCCAGCUCAUUUCCACUGGACAUGGCUGAUAAAUCUGUUGAUGACAUGUACUGUGGCUGCGACAAGAAGAUGGAGGACAAGGUCAAGACAAAGUAUUUCAAAAAAGAGAGUGAGGGUAAAUUUAAAGAAGCCUGGAAAACAGCAGAAAAAUGUUCAAACGAAAAGAAAGACCCAGAGGAUAAGGCUCUCACCAAGAACCACCUGAAGGCAAUCUGUGCUUAUACAUAUAUUUUCUUUCAUAGUGAAUUCAAUCAAGCAGUGCGGACCAAUAGGAGCAUCUAUGGCAGCUCCUUCAAAUUCCACUAUUUACAUUUCUGGCUGACUACUGCCAUACAAACCCUGAAAAAAAACCAAAGCUGUCAGACUGCUUAUCGAAGAACCGCGGAUGAUUACACUGGCAAAGUUCACAACAUCAUUCGGUUUGGUACGUUUGCCUCCAGCUCUAAACUAACAAACCUUUAUCAAUUUGGUAACAAGACCUGCUUUAAGAUUGAGACCUCUUCAGGAGCUUACCUGAAGAAUUAUCCAACCUAUGGAACAAAGGAGAAAGAGGUGCUUAUCCCCCCCUAUGAAACAUUCAAGAUAACCAAGAUUAUUGAAGGUCGGAAUAACUUUCCAGAUCUGAAGUAUUGUGAGAAGGUCUUUGUUUUGAAGAGUGAACUCAAAGAUGUGAGUAACCUAAACUGCAAACUUGCACCCAAAUGAGAGAGCAGAGUUUUCUUCUACUGAUGGAGAAAAUGCAAUAAAAUGAGUUUUGUUCUGUAAACUUCAUAAAUCAAUCAAUAAAUCUAUAAAUCGAUACAACAGCUGUACUGAAGUCAAUCAUCGUGCAUCACAACAUCAUC